UGGGCGUGUGACGUCACAAACGCGCUUCUGGAAGAAUGCUCAUCAAUUCCCAUAAACCUCGCGGACGGAGCUGCAAAGGGCGGCCCGACGUCACAUUCAACCGUACCGAUGAGGAAUGGGAUGUCAAUUCAGUUCAUAUGUCAGUCAAGGCGAAUAUGAAUAUGUUGGUUUUUUUUCAUAUUUAUUUGGAAAAUACAAAGGUGGCAACGAGUCUUUGUGACUACGAGACUUGCCUGGCACAAGAGGUUGCCCCGUUUGCCACACUCCAGUCCGGUAGGUGGCGGUAAUCGUCAUCAAGAAAGGACUUGAAGCCCUCAACUUCCGGGUGGGAGUUGACAGCUGACUGAUCGCCGUCGUCCGUCCAUGUUGGCGCUGUGACGAGCUGCGUCCCGCCGCGGUGGUCCACCCUCGCCGGUUCUCUGGGUCCUCCUCCUCCUCCUCCUCAUGGCGUCCAGACGACCGGACAGCUUCGACGGGCUCGCGUACCGCGGCGGCCGGGACGAGCCUCCUCACUACCCGCUGCGGAGCGGCCCCGCGGAGCCGCCGCAGCACCUCCACUGGGUCACCACGCCGCCGGACAUCCCCGGCAGCCGCAACCUGCACUCCGGGGAGCGGACGCCGCUCUACGACGAGCCGCCCGGAGCGCCCGGCGGGGCCGCAGGGGAGCGCGACUGGGACGCGACGGCGCAAGCCGGCGGCCCGCCGCCUCCGCCUGAGCAGCUGAACCGCCUCACGGGUUUCGGGAUCGGACUCGUCAGUCUUUUUGCAGAGAACGUGCUGACUCAUCCCUGCGUGGUCUUCCGCCGCCAGUGUCAGGUCAACUACCACGCGCGAUGCGACCACCUGACGCCGUUCAGCGCCCUCGCCGUCAUGUACGCCAUCAGCAAGGCUCAGGGCCCGCGGGCGCUGUGGAAGGGGAUGGGCAGCACCUUCAUCGUGCACGGCGUCACGCUGGGAGCUGAGGGCAUCAUCAGCGAGUUCACGCCGUUGCCACGGGAGAUUCCUCACCGCUGGAGCGCCAAACAGUUGGCCGGGCACUUCCUGCUCAAAGGUUUGACGGCGGCGGCGGCGCUUCCUUUCUACUGCUCCAGCCUCAUCGAGACUGUGCAGAGCGAAAUCGCGCGCGACGAGUCGUCUUCGGGGCUGCUGGAUUGCGUUCGCGAAGGCCUGGCCCGCCUGCUGGGCGUGGGCGCCCCUCACAGCCGCCGCCUGCUCCCUCUCGGCAGCCUGCUGCUGCCCGCCGCGUGCCACGCCGUCCUCCGCUACGCCGUGGCCGCCGCCGUGCAGCGCGCGGCGCUGUGGCUGCACCGGCGCGCCGAGAAGCGACGCCGCGGCCCGGCGGCGGACCCGCUGGAGGCCCACUUCCCCGAGCUGGCGGCGGCCUGGUUAGGCUCGCUGGCGGCGGACGCGCUGGCGUACCCGCUGGAGACGACGCUGCACCGCCUCAGCCUGCAGGGCACGCGCACCAUCAUCGACGCGACGGACGGCGCGGCGCCGGCGACCGGCGCGGGGAACGGCGGGAGCCCGCUGGUGCUGCCCGUCAACACGCAGUACGACGGCCUGGCCGACUGCGUCCACGCCAUCCGCCGCAAGGAGGGCUGGGCCGGCUUUUACCGCGGCUUCGGGGCGCUGGCGGCCCAGUUCGCGCUGCACGGCGCCUUGCUGGCUGCCGCCAGGACGCUUCUGAGGCUGCUGCUGCUGGAGGGCAAGGUCAGCUAGGUGUCGCCGUGGAAACAAGAAGAUCUUAAUAUUCUGCUCUGUUUAAAACCACUGCAUUGAUUUUGCUACUUAUUGGUCUAGAGCUAGAAGGUGGAUCGAUCCAUCACUGGUGCCGCACGUUUAUAGGUGUACGUUUGUGUAAAUGGAACAUUUUUGUUUGAUUGUAUAAACUACUGACAACGUAGCUCUCAGAUACAAAUGUCAGUUCGACCCCAAAAACAUUUUGGUCUCUUAAUUUUUCCAGGGUUGUAUGUUAGUUGUAAAUAGGCGGCUGAUCUCACGAGCGAAGGUUACGGCGCUUCCUUCGCUUAGUUUAGCACAAAGACGUCACGAUGACAUCACUUCCUGUCUCGUGUGUGCGCACGCAUGAAGCCAAUAAGCUGUUUGUUUGUAUAAAGUUGUCAUCCACCAAAGUGUAAAACAACAAAGAAUAAAUUAUUGUGGUCCAAAGGAUUUUUUUUGGUCAAACAUUAAAAUUGAAAUGAAAUUA